CAUGAAUUCACAGUAAUUAUUGUUUUGAUGUUGCAUGAUAAUUCUAUAAAUACGCUCAGUUGUGACGAUCUACAUGUGUUGGUUCAAGGGACCCGCAAUUAAUUAAUCCCUGCCAGACCACGAAAUUACUGUUUUGGUCAGGACACAACUUCACAACCUUGAUGGAUUGGACGUAGACUGCUUCCCUCGCAGCCACGCCGCGACCACUCUCUUUAUCUGGAUAUCCUCUUUUCGAAGAGAUUGAUGUCCUGUCUGUACAUUAGACGCGCCACUCAUUUACUAUACAGAGCCUAUAUCGUGACAGCCUCAAACAGCUCUUGAAGCUACGGCGACGACGCCGCGGACACUCAAUUAUCGACGUUGGAAGUCUAGAACUACCGCUAAGAUGGCGAGAGUCACACGAUUUGGCUUCCUGCUCACGGCGGUCGUCUUCCACUUUGUGUACAUCUUCUCAAUCUUCGACAUCUACUUCGUCAGCCCCAUCGUGUCUGGGAUGCGCCAGUUCGAGGUGGAACGCCCCAAAAAAGUCGAAGCCCCCGCGCAGCGACUGGUCCUCUAUGUCGGUGAUGGCCUCCGCGCCGACAAAGCCUUCCAGUCCCUCCCCAACCCCUACCCCACCUCCCCCGCCGACGAGGAACCACGCCAUCUUGCGCCCUUCCUGCGCUCGCGUGUCCUCGAACACGGAACCUUUGGCGUAUCGCACACGCGCGUCCCUACCGAGUCGCGCCCCGGCCACGUUGCCCUGAUCGCAGGGUUGUACGAGGACGUGUCCGCCGUUACGACGGGCUGGAAACUCAACCCUGUCAACUUCGACAGCGUGUUCAACCGCAGUCGGCACACAUGGAGUUGGGGUAGCCCUGAUAUCCUGCCUAUGUUCCAGGAGGGCGCAGAGCCAGGACGCGUUGAUGGGUACACGUAUGGGCAUGAGUUUGAGGACUUCUCAAUGGAUGCUACGCUAUUGGAUAUCUGGGUGUUUGACCGCGUCAAGGCCCUGUUUGCGGAGGCAGCGACGAAUGCUACUCUCAAUACGCAGUUGAGACAGGACAAGCUGGUGUUCUUCUUGCACUUGCUCGGCCUCGACACGUCUGGCCACGCAUACAGGCCACACUCGAAGGAGUACCUCCAUAACCUCCAAGUCGUGGACAAGGGCGUGGAGGAGAUAACAACACUCAUCGAGGAGUUCUACGCCGACGACAAGACCGCCUUCGUCUUCACAGCCGAUCACGGAAUGAGUGAUUUCGGCAGCCACGGCGACGGCCACCCAGACAACACCCGCACGCCACUCAUUGCAUGGGGUUCCGGCGUGGCGAAACCCGUGACGGUCGAGAAAGGCAUCGCGCCCGGCCACAACGAGUUCUCCUCAGACUGGAACCUCGACCACAUCCAGCGCCACGACGUCGCCCAAGCCGACGUCGCCGCGCUCAUGUCCUACCUCGCCGGCCUCGCCUUCCCCGUAAACUCCGUCGGCGAGCUCCCCCUCUCCUUCCUCGCCGGCUCCACCACCGAGAAGGCCGAAGCGGCCCUCGUCAACGCUCAGGCCAUCCUAGAAAUGUACCGCGUCAAAGAGGAGCAGAAGCAAGCCAACCAGCUGCGCUUCCGCCCCUUCCCAGCCCUCGGAAGCGACAAUGCCGUCGCAGGUCGCAUCGCCGACAUCCGCGCCCUCAUCGAUGCUAACCGUCCCGAAGACGCCAUCCGCGCCACCACUGAGCUCGUCCAGCUCGGUCUGCAGGGUCUACGCUACCUCCAGACCUACGACUGGCUGUUCCUGCGCGCGCUCAUCACGAUCGGAUAUGUUGGCUGGAUCGCCUUCGCGGUCACCACGGUCAUCGACCUGCACGUCCUGCACGGCGCGACCGAGACGUCGCGCUCGGUUGGUAGCGUGGUCUUCUUCGCCAGCGUGCUGGUCGCGCUGUGUGCGUCGUUUAUGGCGUCGAAGAGCCCAACCAUGUAUUAUCUGUAUGCUGCGUUCCCCGUGGCAUUCUGGGAGGAGGUGUAUGCGCGCCGCAAGUCGUUGGCGGCGGGCAGGAAGGCGCUGUUUGCUCAGGUGAAGGGUGUUGGGGGGUGGGCUGCUGUUUUGGUACAGGGUGUUUUGGCGAUGGUGUUUUUGGAGGCAUUGGCGCUGGGCUACACGCACCGCGAGGUAUUCUCCGGCCUUUUCGUCCUCGCAGCCCUCUGGCCCUUUUUCUACGGCUCGAAGUUCAUGAGCGAAAACCGCCUACUCAUCUUCACCUGGAUCGCUGCCUGUCUCGCCAUGAGCACAUUCACCUUACUCCCCGUUGUCAAGGUCGAGGACAUAACCCAGAUUCUCUACGGCGGCUCCCUCAUGGUCAUCGUCGGCCUCCUCUACCUCUUCUUCGAGUACCGACUCCUCCGCAACUCAGCCCUGGACGGCGAGAACCCGACUACACGGCCCGCAAACCCCAUGUCGCGCAUCAUGAUCGGAGUCCAGAUCGGUCUAAUAAUCCUCUCCAUGAUCGUAACACGCUCCUCCGCCCUCUCACUACAAGCUAAACAGGGCCUUCCCCGCGGCGAACAGGUGCUAGGCUGGACUAUUCUCGUUCUCUCGCUGGUGAUGCCGUUCAUGCACCACUUGAGCCCGAAUAACCACUACCUCCACCGUCUGGUGGUGUUAUUCCUCACCUUCAGCCCCAUCUUCGUCAUCUUAUCGAUCUCGUACGAGGGGUUGUUCUACUUCGUCUUCUGCGUCUUGCUGGUGACGUGGGUGAGGAUGGAGCAUAAAAUCUACGUCUCCUCCAACCCCCCCGCCGUCACGGCAUCACCAGAGCCAUCGAAGACCACGACGACCGCAUCAAAGUCCAAGGGCGGCAAGCCCAAAGCAAAGAGCAAGGGAAAGGCCGUGGAGCCCGCCGCACUCCUCCCCCCGUCUCUCGCGGCAAACCCCCACCGCUCGCUCUCCCUCCCCGACGUCCGCGUCUCCCUCUUCUUCCUCGCGCUCCUCCAAUCCGCCUUCUUCUCCACCGGCAACAUCGCCUCCAUCUCCUCCUUCAGCCUCGUCUCCGUGUACCGGCUCCUCCCCGUCUUCGACCCCUUCUCGCAAGGCGGCCUCCUCUUGUUAAAGCUCCUCAUCCCCUUCGCCUUGAUCUCGGCGAACCUGGGGGUACUGAAUAAGAGGCUGGGAGUGGCGCCGAGUGCGCUGUUUAUGUUGGUGAUGGGAGUGGCGGACUUCUUGACGGUGCACUUUUUUUGGACGGUGAGGGAUGAGGGGAGUUGGUUGGAGAUUGGGAGUACGAUUAGUCAUUUUGUUAUUGCGAGUUUGUUGGGGGUGUUUGUGGCGGUGUUGGAGGGGGUUAGUGAGGUUUUUGUGGGGGGGGUGGAGGUUUGA